AUCUUGAUGCACCGUCUCCAAAAUCACCGAUAAAAAGGGAGUGGUUGCACUUCUUGUUGGGAAAUAUACCGGGACCAGCAAUCAGUCAAGGCGAAAUCUUAGCUCCCUAUAUUCGUCCUAAUCCUGAAGAAGGGACACAUCGACUGGUUUUUUUAGUCUAUAAGCAACCUCAAGGCAGAGUCAACUUUCAGGAGCGGAAACUACAGUAUACGACGGAUCCUGCAAGAGCUUACUUUUCGUCAAAAAACUUUGCAAUAAAAUACAACUUCGGUGAUCCGUUUGCAUGCAACUUCUUCUUAGUGGACGCACCAAAGCGACUUUCGGUGGAUUCACCAGCUGAAAAUAGCACCAAUUUAGGGGAGAAAAUUGGCGAAAAUAAUGUCAAGCCAACCUCGACGAUUUUCCAACAUGAAAAAAGUACCGGUAAGAGAGGAGCCAAGUCAAUCUCAACAGUUUCAUUGACUGAGAAAAGCACCAUUUUGAAAGGUAACUACGGAAGACGUAAUAACAAGCCGACACCCACAAUUUUACCAGCUCAAAAUCGCACUAAUUUAAGAGGAAGCUUCAAAAAAAGUAGUAGUGAAUCAAUGCCGACUUAUUCACCAGCCGAAAUCAGCACCACUUUAAGAGGACGCUAUGAAAGAAUUAGCACCAAAUUAACAUCGACUAUUAUUCCCACGGCUGAAAGUAGCACCACCUUAAGAGAUAAAUUUAAAGAAACUAGUGAUAAGUCUACACUGACAAAGGGGCCAACUGCAAAUAGCAUCGCGGUAAGUGAACGUUAUGACCAAAUUAGUGCUAAAUCAACUUCGGCGAUUAUUUCUAUGAAUGAAAACAGGGCCACUGCAAGCAAUUACUUCAGAAUAAGCAGUCCCAAGUCAACGUCAACAAUUUCACCAGCUAAAAAUCGGAUCACUGUGAGAGCACGUUAUGAAAGAAGUAGUGAGAAACCAGUUUUAAGACGAACUCAGCCAGUGGAGGAUUCAAGCAAAAUUGAGAUUGGCUACAUUUGGUGACACUAAAGCACAUUCAUCGAAAA